AUGGAGGAACUAAAAGAAAUCUUGAAGAACAAUAAGACGGAAGAUCUCACUUGGUUUUGCUCUCUCUCAGAAUCUGAACUGGAUUUGCUAAUCAGCUUAAAGAAGCAAGCCGUUCAACGAGCCAAAAUAAGUGGUCUCGAAGGACUAGCUGAGAAAUUUGAUCUCAAGAUGCUCCGAGCUCUUGGGCUUGUGCUAAUGGGUUAUGCAAGAAAAAGGGUACAAGAUGAUACUUCUCUUGCCGCAAGUGCUGUUCAUCAACUCACGCUUUUGGAUGAAUGCAAGCUGUUGAAAACGAAUGCCGAUGAUGAUACUGUAGACAUUGAGGAGAUUCUCACUGAAAUCUUCAUCAAGAAGUCAAGAAGGAAAUCACGGAAAAGGCAGAAGAACUGA